UGUAUGCGGGUUGCCAUCCCAGGGACUGGAUCCUCUUAUUAUUAUUCCCUUGCAUUCUGACACAAAGGAAACCCAAGAAAAAGAAAGAUAAAGGAAAGGAGAAAAGAUCUUAGCUGCUGGGUUGUUCGAUCUUUUUUUUCUGAGAAGAAAUUAAGGAGAAGAGAGAGAUGGGGAAUUGCAUCGACCGGCAGAAGGAGACGACGUGGGUGGACGACGAUGACUGGGAGUCGGAAGAGAGACCCAUGCAAUAUUGUCCAAGGAAGGAGCUGAAGGCUGGAGAAGCGGCAGAUGAGAGGGAGAAGGGAGGGGUGGGUUCGACCACCGAGGUGAAGGUGAAAAUUACCAAGAAGCAGCUAGAGGAGCUGCUGCAGAGAGUUGAGGGCAGAGGGUUGCCGAUCCAACAAGUCCUGAAAGAUCUAUUGAGCAUGGAUGAAGUUUCUCUUCAAGAGCGUGCACGGCACUGGAGACCAGCCCUGCAAAGUAUACCAGAGUUCCCUGAGUAGAGAAGAUGGCCAUGCAUGAUAGGCUAGCUACAUGAUGAUGAUGAUGAUGAUGAUGAAUGGUUAUUUUCUUUUGCUUUUUCUUAUUCUUUUUCCUUUUUCUUUUUUGGGGGUUGUGGUGGCAUCCAUUUAACUCCAUUUCUCCUUGAAGGGUUAGUUUGUAGAUUUUAGGCCAGGUAAUGUAAAUUGUGGAGGAGGAAUGGAUCUAGCUAGAAGGAUUAAUUUCCAUUUAGUUUUUUGGCCCUCUUGAUUGUACACAUAUCAGUUGAGUACAUAUAUUAUGACAUAAUAUUUAUUAGGUCC